GUGCAAGUUGGUCCAAAAUUAACUUCCACGAUUAACUCUGCGUUCUUCGGGACACAACGCCCUUAAAAGUCAGCCUUUUUAACAGCGGAAAUCUUUCUUUUCUUUGUAAUGCGACAAACAUGAUGAACAGAACAAUUUUUUUAUUGGUUCUUUUGAGCGCUUGCUGUUGUCGGUGAGUAGAUUCUGCUCUGUGGUUUCCUUCCUUCUUUUUAAUGUGGAAAUUACUUCUUUUAUAGUUCAGGUAAAUCGCAACUUUAAAAUUGUGUUUUAGGUAUAGCCAAAAAAGAAAGGAAAACCAGACCGUUGUUUUGAGAAGACAAGUAAUAUCGAUACGGACAGAGAUUUUUCUUUACCAUAAAGCUUUUUUACGUGGCAAUUUGACGGUAUUUGUUUUAGGAUGUGACCGACUUCCUUAAACAAAUUGAUUGGUUGUUUCUAACAUAUUCGUCUAACCAAGAGGAGUAGACUACGCAAUUAACAUCGCAGUCUCGGAAUUUAAGAACUUUCUAAUGUUACUUACUUGGUUUCUUAAUCGGUAUAGUACGAGUUUAAAAAAAAGUCUUCUUAAAAGCCCUAUAUGAUCUUUUAUUGGGGGUUUCUAUAAUUAUUAAUGUUACGUCCGAUGUCCCCGUAAAACAUCUGCAUUUCAAUUAUGCGAUUCGGUUUUUCAUUUUUACACAUUGCUCGGCUAAAGAUAAUGUUAUACCCUUUGGUGAGUAAUUUUCUUUUACUAGUUGCGGUGAAUCGCGGAUGAUAUUUCAUGGAAAUAACUUGGUAUCUUAUUUGCCAACUGUUCUUGACUUCUUUUCUUUUGCAUUUGUCAUACACUAGUUCAAAUUUAUCAUCUCAGUCUUUUUCCUUCUUCCCAACAGUUUGUCCGUAGCUGGUAAUGGAGGUAAGAUUUUAAAUACAUGAUUUUUGAUGGAAUACCUUUUAAAUUUGCUUACUCUCUCUUCAAAUUUUUCUGUGUAAAUCAGUUUUUAAUCAAUUCAAAUUGACAUAAUAAAUAAAAGAAUCGGCAGCAGUACAAUGAAAACCAUUGAUAUCAUUAUUAUUCGGUUCAGUUUUACGUUCUAGCUUUCCGUACAUUUUCCACGGUCAAAAACGUUUGUCCUUUUAAGACUGUACCUAGCCAAUCGGGAAACGUGACAAAACAGAAAUAAAAAAGCAUUCUUGGAGUUUAUUAAAAUAAUAAUAUGAAUAAAGAAGUGCAUUUUGACCGGCACUUUUCCUAUGCUACGGUUAUGUUUUUUGCCUAGUGCCACAAAAAAACACAGUUGUUUUCGUGUCCCUAUGCAUUUCUAAUCAUUCAUCUUUGAUUAAAGUAAAGUACUAAAAAAUACGCUCUAUUAUUAUAACCUUGAUCUUUUGUUUUCUCCGGCUUAAAUAAGUCUGUGUAGACAAUGGCUAUCAAACUUUGUUGCGCAAGUUAAUUUAAAUCACUAAAUAAAAGGAUUGGUGUAUUGGUGUUGUCGCAAAACCUGAUAGUUGUAUUCGACCUUGUCUUUUCUGUCUUUUGUUUUCUAUCAUCUUAGUCUUCAAGGUCAUAGUAGUGAUAUGCGUGAAUCGACUAUUAUUAAUCUCAGCUGCAAAACUUAACGACCGCCCAAGUUCCCUGAGAUUAAUAAUAGUCGAUUCACUCAUAUCACCACUACGACCUUGAAGACGAAGAUGAUAGAAAACAAACGACAGAAAAGAAAAAAAAUUCAAAACCAGGGAGCUCAGUAAAGUAAACAGCUACAAGACGUUUUCGAAAUCAGCUCAACACAUUACCUAAUUUUUUUUCCUUGCCAACCAGCAGGCUCUUGUCCGCGAUUUGAUGUACAAGUCUAUUUUAAGUUCGAUCAGUCCGUUAAAGUACCUUCGGGAACUGAAAAGAGGGUAACCGGUCAUUUCGCCCCGGUUACUUCGCCCCCUAUUUUCGAGUCAUUUAGCGCGCUUCAAAUGUAAUAUUCCUCGUUCUUUAAGCCAUAAACCAAAACAACCACGAGUCAAAUACAAUAUUCCUCGUUCUAUCGUUCUAGAAAAGGGGGCUAAGUAACUGGGGCGAAAUGACUUGAUCAGAUCGAUAGAUGCUUCUGAUCGGCCAAAAAUGUUUCUUAACUGACCAGAGCUUCGAGAACUUCCCAGUGAUACAUUCCAUCUCCUCACUUUCCAAAGCCGAUUCAGUUCGGUAAGAGGAACACAAGGUAGUUUGUUACCAUACAUUGCUUGGCCUUUUGACGGGCGAGUAAAAGAACCAAAUGUAGCAAUGUUUCUAAAAAAAAAGUGCUAUUGAUAGAAAUAUUUCAAAAUUAUGAAAUUAGGUACGAUAACAGGAGCCCUUAAGGGCUCCUGACAAUGACGAUGUGUAUACCAAUUGAAAGGAAAGGAAUUGGCUAACCUCUAAUCCCAAGGCCUCUUAGAACUGAGAAUUGGAUGUCUUGUGGGGAUAGCCAGCGUAGAAAAAUGGCCAUUAUUGCCCCGCAAUUUAGACAAAACUACGAUAGUUAAGGGAGGAAAUAAAAAUGCUGCAACACCGGGCCGAAAAAAAGUUGAGAAAAAUGGUCGAAAGUGAAGUUUUCUUUCCUUUUUUGCCGCGCCACAGAGAACAUUUUAUGUUCGCGCUUUGUAACUUAUUUCAAUACAUCGAUUUCCAAAUUAUUUACCUCUGCAUCUGAGUCUUCUGUUGGUACAGUUUUUUUGGAAAGGAUUGUAUCAGAGUCAAGGUGGUUUCUCCUCUCCAUUCGCUUUCAAACAAUUAUCGUUUCGACUAAUAUAAUGUAACUCGUCUCGAGGGAUGUUGAUACCAGACGAUCAUGUGCUUUUCAUGGACAUGCAGUUACCUCAUUUCCGAGAAACCGCCUUCGCUCUGUCGCAAAUGCCUUCCAAAUAAAAGAUAAAAGGACAGAAACACAAGUUGCGUUGAUAUGAACAAGCUUUAAAGCGCUCAUGCUGCCAAUGAUCGAAAGCCGCCAACCACGCAGGCCAAUAAGAAUUAUCCCUGGAUUAUCUGACCAAGCUUUCAAAAUUAUAACCCUUCUAAUAUUCACCUAAUUUGUCUAAUUGUUUGUUUGUUUUUUGGCAGCUAUGUGCAACAUGAAAACAUCGGACGGCAAGUGCUGCGUUUUUCCUUUUGUCUAUAGAGGACAAACUUUCAAUGCGUGUACAUCCUCCAGAGCAAGCCGACUUUGGUGCAGCCUCUCCCCUAGUUACGACGAGGAUAGAAAAUAUGGAUGGUGUAGAGGUGGGUCAUUCUAUAUGCAGUCUGGUCGUGUUUGACAGUUAAGGUGGCUCGAUAGGGUUUUUCAGGGCGAACACCUCCCAAAUUUGAGCAUAAAGUACGUCGCCAUUAACAAAGAUUUGAAAAAAUUACGAUCACAGCUGUAUAAUAGAUAAAGAUGAAAAUUUGUUGUGAUAACGAAAUGACGCUUUUUCGAUUUUAGUUACAGCCGUUUUUCUCGGCACUGGGAACUCUUCUUAUAAAAUCGUUAGCGGGAACUUUUUCCUCCAACAGCCGCGGCCUCGAUCUUCGGGAAGUUUAAGCGAAAUCAGUAAAAGCGUUAUAAAGAUAUUUUUGGAUGAAGUUAUUACGACUAGAAAUACAGUGAAAACUGGACAAUGUAUUACUGACAUUUCGAAUGUAUUUAUGACGGACAUUUCUGGCAUCAGCUUUUAUUGCUAAAGUAUGCUAAAUUAGUCUCAGAAAAAUAUUCGGAGCAACAGUCCUUAACUAGAAAGUCCAUGAAAAUAGACCUGUGAAAUUGUUUUGGAAUCGAACACGAAUCACUGUGAGGUAAAACGAGCCUCCAAUUCGAAAUUUCGUGACAAGUAAUUUUAGUGUUUGCUCAUACUUCAAACUAAGGCGAUUGCUGUAAAAAAAAAAUAAAAAGAAAAGAAAAAUUACCUGCAGUAAAAUCGAUUAUCAUCAUUAUCGUCGUCGUUGUCGUUGUCAUCAUCGCCAUCCUCCCCAUCAUCACCUCAUCAUUAUUUAUACAGAUUUUAUUUGAAGAUAUUCAUCCAAAGGUAGCUGAUAUUUCUCCAGUCAUACGUUUUCGUAUUCUUGCUAUCAUUUUGUGUUAUUUCGAUUUAUUUAGCGGUGAACUUCUUCACCAUUUUAGAUCGAAGCUAAUCAUCAAAAACUGAGGAAUGUUUUAAAUGAAUAAUAAUUGUGAGUUAUAAGUUCUCCUUUUAUGCUACGUUUAAUAAUUGCGAGAAAACUAGCAAUAAACAGCGAUCUUUUGUUACCAUUCUAUUCUUUCAUUUUUGCCUCGAAGCAUUCAGAGCAUCAUUUUUUUUAAAAUUGGCUCACUUUAUCUGUUUAUAUCCAGAAGGUCAUGAUAACCCUAUGUGCGUGUAAAUAUAACAAUAUUAAUUGCAAACGGUGUUAUCGAAGGGAUAUAACAGGAGGACUGUUGAAUAAUUACAGGAAUGGAAGGAAAGAUUAGUGGAGACGACCACACUUGGGUAUAUGCCAACGGAAGAUACAUGGGAAAAGAUAACGGGAGGUGGAAUGUUCCCACAAGGUAACAAAGUAAAACGCUGCUUUAAACUCCUAUGUGAAAAAUCGCCGCCAUUAAGGACUCCAAGGUUUAUAUAGGCCAAACGUCGAACUUUUCAUGAGACAAACCAAACUUAUCGAGUCAAGUUCAUGAAAAGUUUGACGUCUGGCUCAUCAGUUUAGUUCGUCUGAAUAAGUUUGGAUCGUCCAACACGUUUCAUCCGUCUGUUUCAGAAGGACUGGACGUCGGAAGAUCGUCUCCGGGACAAACCCUGUCGAUCUUCACAUGCCACGAACUAACCUUAGUCUAAUAAAUUAUAAAUCUGUAUGAUAAUUUAUGUUUAGCCCAGUGCAGGAGAAAAUUCAUUAAAAACGCAUGUUUGGUCUGAUUUAGUUGAUUGGUUCGACGCGUCGUAAGUUCGAUGUCUGACCCAACAGAUUGUCUUUACUUAAUUUAGGUCGACUCAAAUUAGAGUUUGGUACGUCUCAUGAAAAGUUCGACGUUUUUCCUAGGCCCAAGACUCAUUAUCGCGUACACGGCUAAGAGAAGUCAAACUCUCGUCCUUUCCUUUAAUUUCAUGUCGACACAAUCCUUCCUGUAACAGGCUUCCCCGUCGCUGCCUUACUUUCUUCGAAGUGCCCUCUUCCCAUUGCGCUCAUGAUAAGGAUCUAUAAGGACCAGUUUCGUUUUCUGGCAAAGAAAGACAACCCCGUCUCUUUUUAACUCGAAACUUUCAAUAUUUCAAAGUUUUCUAUGUAAAGUUUUUUUUUUCUUUAAGAUAACCAAGUGUAAGUUUAAAACAUGUAAAAUUGUGUCAGCUUUGAAAAUAUAAUUCCACCACAGCUUCUACUUCUCUGCCGACAUUCAAGUUGUUGCUGUCUACGUAAAAAACGUUGGUGGUUCAGGCGGUCUUAUUGCGUCUUUUGGGAACGGGGUCGUUACUGACAGCACAUGGAAAUGUACUACUCAAGGCAUAAGAAACUGGGAAAAAGUCGGAUUUGACGACAACAAUUGGCCGGCGGCCAAAGUACAUAGCGGUAACAGUGGUAAUAGAAGAGUGUACGGAAUCGCAAACGAAGCAAAGUGGAUUGGUCCGAGCCUGCUAAACGCCGCUAACAUUUACUGCAGGCGCCGUAUGAGUAUCUCCCCGGGGCAGAAACCCGCCGUUGAGGGACGUAAGUCAUUUGUAGCCAUUUUUUGUUUUUUUGUUUAUAGUGGAAAGUGCACUUAGCUUAUCAAGCUAGUUUGCAGACACUCCAGUCAAGUAAUCCUGAAACAAAUGAUGCAAAUAGAACAUAACAUUGAGGGUUGUGAGUAAAUAGUGCAAAAAGUAUUACCAAGAUUUCUUGGUUGAGAAAAAGCUUUAAACGUUGAGUUUUGCCCAUUGCAAAUCACAUUUUAUAAUUUUUAGGAUGCUUACAAAAAAUGAAGAACUGGCAUGGCCCACUGCAUAGGUCAUUCUAGAAAGAAAAUGAAUGAGCUGCUUUCGAAACUGUACGCCACGAUCUACCACCUGACUGUAAUGUAAAUUUUUUUAUCAAGGUACAGUCCUGAAAUCUGCUAUAAACUGUAAGUAAAAAAAGAUCUGUUUACCCAUAACAGGGGGUAGUUUCGGUCAAUAAAAUACAGUCCUAUUUUUGGGGGGUCUAGUUUAGCUCCCCUGAACAGGGCCGAUACAGUCCAAUUAGCUAGACUAAAGGCUGAUUUAGUCCCACAGGCUGAAAUGAGUCCCAUCGUGGUCUGGAUAGGCAUUUGAUGGGGCUGUUUUAGCUUAUUAUGCUUAAAUGGAAUCGAGAGAGGCUGAAUCUGAUUUCGAAGAUGAGAUGCAGGGCUUCUUAAAUUGGCACUUUAGGGCUGAAACAGAUCUUUUUGAUUGACAGUGCAGUAGAAUAAAGCGUCCUUUUCAUGAUUUUCUCAUGACCAAUGUAGCGUGCGAUAAGCCACUUGGACUACAGAGUGGAUGGGUGGAAAAUAGUCAAAUGACAGCGUCAACUGUGUGGGAUUGGAAACACGCAGCUUGGAGAGGAAGACUGAACAUGCCAAAACAGGGGACUUUCCGGGGAUCGUGGUCAGCAAAGUACAACAAUCAAGACCAAUGGCUUCAGGUUUGUGAAAUGUCCAUACUAGAGAGCUUAAGCAACGACGACGGAGACGGCCUCGAGAACGGCAGAAAAGCAAUACAUAUGUAGGUUCAGAUUAGCAAAACAACAACUUUGCACGUGCAUAACACUUUUUUGUACAUUUCUUUGCCGUCACUGCACAACUACGACGUGAAACGUUCUAAUUUUACGUUUUAUGGAGGAGUGAGCGCAAGACUAAGAUUUUCUCUUUGUUUUUGUGAUCUUAGUUCUUUAGAAUUCAACUCCUAAAAAAGUCGCCAGCAUUUGACAAAUUAAAAGAGUUGGAACAAGAGCGAUGAAUUUUGAUACAGCAUGAAUGCACUUUUUGGGUGACGUUUUCGUUGCCGUUACCUUCGUCGUUGCUUAAGCCCCCUAUUACUCUAAUACUGAGGCAUGGAUCAAUCACUAAAUUUACUGUAGGUGUUCGCCUACUGUUAAAGCACCACUGAUAGCACUAUUACAACACGAAAACUUUCAUUUUUCCUAGGUGUCUUUUUAUCGCCCAAUGAAGUUCACAGCCAUUGCCACACAAGGGCGUCAAGACUUUUCUCAAUGGGUUACUAGCUAUAGCUUGUCCUACAGCGAAGAUGGCACAAAAUACACAAUUUACAGUGUUGGUGGACAUCAAAAGGUUUGUAUGACAAUUUAAAUAUAUGGGCUGCUAGCCCCGCCUUUCACGAAUUCACCGCAAGUCAUCCAUACUUAGUAAAGUAAGUUACACCAGCUCAAUAAAACGACUGCUUUUCUUUACAUGUAAAGUCAACCCCUGAGAAAUUUAAUAAUGCCAGCUGGAACGAAAAGAGUCGCAUUACUAAGUUGGGUGUGAAACAGCAUUUUUAACUAACUGUAAUUCUAUGAUUGAUCUACUGGUUGCCCUAACCUUCAUUCGUUUUUGUUAGCUGACUUUAAUCUUAUGAUUUAUUUUAUUUAGCAAUAAUCGAAUAAGGCAGAAUAUUUCAGCCGAUGACGGAUACAUAAAACCCUCCGAGAUCUGCAUUAAAUUAAUUUUUUAAAAUACAUUUUAAAUUUAUCCAAGUCUAAAAACGUGUUUACCUUUAUUCAAAUGUCCCGUCUUCAAAACAUUUGCCCUUUCAUCGGCAUGUUCAGGAUAUGAAUUAUGAACGGAGUCCAAGCUUAUAUUUUUAAGCCGUCGUCAUUCGUAGAGUUCUAUUUUUGUCUUUCCUUGCUAUAAUUUUGUUUCUGUAGUUUGACUUGCUAUUUCAUCAUCCCCUAACGUGCAGGUGCAAUCGGUCGCCAUUCUCUCCAACCGCCCCAACCGUUGAGCCAUUGUGCACUCUUUUCUUUUUUUCUGCCAAUAUCAGCACAAUAGGUGUCAAAUGUGUUGAAACUGGGGAACAUUCUUUCUUUUAAAUUUGGUCAACGAAAGGUGGGCGAGUUUUGUCUACAAAAACGAGCCCAGUAACUUUGAAUGCACUAUGAUAUUAAACGAGAUUUAUAAACAUGAUUUUUGUGCUAACAUCUAGACAUUUAAUUUUUAGGUUUUCAGUGCAAACAGGGACAGAAAUUCAGUAGUUAAACACGGUAUAACACCAAAUAUUGAAGCUCGAUUUUUGCGACUUCAUCCAAAAACCUGGCAGGCAGGAAUUUCAAUGAGAAUGGAGCUUUACGGCUGUUUAAAGGGUAAGAAGUAUACAAUAGUUUUGGAAAUACAUGAUAACAUAAAGCUAAUAAUAUCAGGUAGGCCUAACGUUUUAUAAUGAGAUGAACAAAAUUGGCAUUUGGGUCGACCUUAUUUUGAAAAACUUUUUUCCAGCCCUUCGUGUCUCAGUUUGGUCUAAAAAUAAGGGGGGAUGGGGCGGGCCCCACGGGCCCCUCCCCUGGAUCCGCCACUGAGUUCGACUACUGGAUUAGACGUCGAACUUAUUCCCUAAGCUUCGAGCUAAUUUGAGGAAAAAACAAACUGUGAAACCCGUUUAAAACAACAGUUUUCGUUCGUUAGUUUGGUUCUCCCGAAGAAAUACUUUUUUUUUCUAUUAAUUAAACUGCGAUAGCUCUACACCGUCUGUUCGUUUGGAGUGGACGGAAAAAAGUGUUUGUCUAUCCAAACUCAGUCAUACAAACGUAAUCUGAGACAGUCGUUGAACCUAUCAAGAACUUCACUCACUCAGUUUGGUUCGUUGCAUCAAAACGUUAAUUCGACGCUUUGCCUUGGCCUAAUUUUGAUUUACGGCAGGGAAGAAGUAGCUACUCGUCUGCACUGGGAACGAGGAUACGUAAGACACAGAUUAUUUUAAAAUGAGUGACACAUACGUUUCCAAAAACCUGUGGAACAUUCUGUUACAAACGUUAUUGACUAUGAGCUAUCUUGCAAGGCUCAACCGGAUGGUCCUGUUCAAACUCAUGUGGAUUGAAACUGUUUUCUAGGUAAAGAGUCGCUCCAUGCAAGGUAAUCCGAUGACAGUCUUGGAUUCCGGAUUGCAGGUACUAGACUCCGGACUCCAACCGUUAGCCGGAUUCUGCAUCACCUGGAUCCGAAUUGCGUUUUCCAAAGUCCAGGAUUUUCGAUUCCACAAGAAACAAUUCUCGGAUUCCGGAAUCCGGAAUACCUUUUAUUGGAGCGAAAAGUUUUAUUUUAGCUUUAAAAGAGUUCUUCUCUGCAACCUACAAAACUGUUAAUGCAAAUGUGACACUUUUUCAGCUUGCAAGGUAGACGUUGGUAUUCUGAUGGACGAGUCUGGCAGUGUGAGCAAGGCUGAUUUUGAACAACAGAAGAACUUCGUAAAAGCCUUGGCUGGUCACUUUCAAUUUGGUCCCGGCGCUUCUCAAUUUGGUGUUAUUACUUUCAGCACAAACGCAAAGCUGGAUAUUACACUUAACAGAUACGGAGACGCUGCUUCCUUUCAAAGAGGGGUAAAUGCCAUCUCUCAUGAAGGUAUAUUAUAUCAAAUUACUUGUAUAUACUGCCACUUCUCAUUCAUUUCAAAUUUAGCUCUGUCUCAAGCGUAAAGAUUUACAAAGUUGAACCAAAAUCCACAGCCAUCAAGUUUAAGAAGAAGGCAAAUGAGACGAGAUAAGCGUUGGUUAUCAUUGUCUUAAAAAUAUGUAUCUGGAGAGAUUAUCAUUGUGCGCAUUAAGGCAAAGGUUCCCUUUUUUCUUAGUCAUGUUAAGGCCCUGAGAACUUGUGUGGUUCUCGGAAUGGAACCUGUAACAUCUCGUUUUGCAGUCCAGUGUUAUGAGCUAAGCCUGCCCUUCAGUGGAAGUGUAAACUACAGGUUCCCUUGUCCAUUUAAGAAUAACAAAUAAACUUCAUUUCCCGGUUACAAGUUUUUUGGUUGAUUACGCUGGACAAAACAAGUCUAAUUAAACAUUUUUUUUGCAGGUGGUUGGACAUACACUGGCAAAGCCUUAAAUCUAGCCUACAAACAGCUGUUAACGGCGGCUAAGGGUGCACGUGCAAAGGUAGCCAAGGUAAAUCACCACACUUGUAUGGUCAGAUCAUUGCACCGCUGGCAUGGUCUGAACAUUGCACCACUUUUGUAGUCUGACCACUGCACCUCUAAUGCCUGGUCUGAUCACAGCACUGUGUUGAUGAUCUGUCAUUGCACCACUUGUAUGAUCUGACCAUUGCAUCACUUGUAUGAUCUGACAACUGCACCUCUUAUGUAUGGUCUGAUCACUGCACCGCUUGUAUAGUCUGACCACUGCACCGCAUCUAUGAUCUCACCGUUGUACCACUUGCAUGGCCUGACCAUUGCACCACUUUUAUGGUCUGACCACCGCACCGUAUGUGUGGUCUGACCAAUGCACCACUUAUAUCGCAUGACCACCUCAUCACUUGUAUUGUCUGACAAUUGUAUCACUUGAGCCAUUCCUCAACUCACCGAGUUUUAAUUGAAGCCCAAUCGCGUUUAAAGGUAUUUUAACAUCAACAGACGUCAACAGAAUACUUAAAGAAAAAUUUACUAACAGAACCGUAUUUGUUUAUCUAAUAGGUUUUGAUCAUUAUCACAGAUGGACAGAGCACUGGCGGAAUGCAAACUCUAAAAACACCAAUAAAGCUGCUAAAGGAUUCUUCGGUGAAUAUCAUCUCCAUUGGUGUCGGAAGCAAAGCAAAUCAGAAUGAGCUAAAAUUCAUGGCCUCGUCGCCUAGCAACACCCAUGUGUUCUCAGUCCAAAAUAUGAAUCAGUUGCAGACUCUGAUUAGCUCGAUUACGGCUUCGUCCUGCACAAGUAAGCUGGUUGUGGGAUAACGCACAUGACCCCAUAAACGUAGUACAUAGGCAGUAUCAGAAAAUAACUUGUUAUUACCUACAAAAAUGCGUUUUUAGCACAGCUCAGACUUCAAAUGCCCUUUCUUGUUAGUAUAAGAUGGAUGGUUGGUUUGCUGAUUCGAAGUGCCCUGCCCUAAAAAAUGCAACCUAUUAAUAACCGAAUUUCACCGGUAACAUCAAAUACUUUGGGUCCACCGCCAUGCCAGUAAACUAAGAAAUACAGUGUAAAAGAAAGUAAGUAAGAGAAUGUUCAACAAAAAAUAAUAAACAAAAGUGCGUCUUGUGGUUUGGGUUCCCCUUCAGCCGUUUCGGGCCUGGCCCUUCAUCAGUGGAGUUACAAGUAAAAGAAAGGAAGUGGACUCUUACUUACUCUUUCCAACGCGUGAUAUGCUAUAUACCUGGCGAUGUAUACCUGAAACUUUGAAGUCAAGUCCAUACAUUAUAUUUUCUUACUUUUCUGUUUGUUUGUAUAGGGCAACAAUGGUGGAACAAUGUAAUAACAAUUCAAAACAUUUCUCAAAAUGUCUGUUGCCCUUGAAAAUCACCGUUGUGAAUUUUUCCUGUGUAAUAUCGCCCUUACAAUUUUUAUCACUAAUUUUGUCGAUGUUCUUAUUCCUGAUGUCCCGCUCGUUCAAAUACCCGAUUGCUCCCAUUUUCUUUGUGUAAAGUACAGACAGCAGCAGAAAAAAUCAGACGAUAAUUAGCAUGUCGCAUUUUAUUAAUAGCUCUCUUAAACAAGAUACAAUCUGAAAUACCCGUGCCUAAGUCAAAUCAUGUUGAUGCCUUCAUAGCAUACAAUUGUCGCUUUGUGACGUGUGACUAUAGUCAAUGGAGUGCUUGGUCUGCCACAUGUGGUACAGGAAUGAGACGCGCACGGAACCUGGUAAAGGUCAAUGAGCAUUAUAUCAAAAAGCAGGGUGGCUGCUCAGGGCUUAAAGUCACCUGCGACAGACAAGAAACAGAAACGAGAACAACUACAAACUGUAAGUUCAAUAUUUGUAUGGGCAUUCCCAUUGAGGCGUGCUAAGGCAGUCAAUGAGGAUUUAUGCAAUGGGGUAGACGUGUAGUUAUAAGUGCUAGUAAUAUUCUGAUUAGGAACGUUCGGAGUGUUUAUUGAUUUAUCUAUUUUUUCUCUAUUUGACAUUCUUAACCAAGCGAGUAAAAAUGAAGGCAAGACAGACUUGGAUUCAGAUCUUUGCUUUUCCCUUCUGUACUUGAGAGUACCCCUACUGGUCUCAAACCUUCCCAUUUCAAUUUCCUACUUUGGGUUCGAACCUUACAAAUCUGAAAGAGAAUCCAAAUCAACACAGGGUUGAGGAUGAGAUUGGAUGUGGAUCGUUAACUUUUUGAUUGAUUAUUACUGAUCUUUUCCAAAAGAAAAAAAAGAUCAAGGAAUUUUUUCAGCAUCUAAUCGUAUAUUUUCGGUUGUAAAAGACAUAUAGGGCAGUCUACGCUGUCAAAUUGUCAGUAGUGACAUCAAGGGAUUUUUCGAUUUCUUUUUAUGAAGUGCGCAGUUAAAUUGAUGCAGUUGAUGGCUCUUAAAAUGUUUAGUGGGUUCAAUAAAAUUGAUAAUAAAAGAAAGCCCAAAUAAUAAUAAAAAAGAAGAUUAAUAAUUUUCAAUGUUUAACGCAUCAACAGGUCCUUGCAUCAGCAUGACAUGUUCUUGGUACCCAUGGAGCAGCUGGUCCUCAACUUGUGGACGAAUAACGCGUCAGCGCACCAGCAAAGCCACUCAAUCCAUCGUUAACCGCCCGAACUGUAACGGCCUGCAAACUUCCUGUCCUAAACCUGAAGUGGAAUCGUCUUAUAUUUCCUGUAUGUACAGCUGUAUAUAAAUUCAUGGUAUCUUAUCGAAUUUUGUUAAUGUAACAUAGAUAAAACUACAUUCACUUGCAAUGAAAAUUUGUUACGCAAAUGGUGCGUCUUAUUGGGAAAUUCCGCUUUUUUCUAAACGAACUUGAUGAUCCAACAACGGACGUGUGUGGCUCGGUAAAUUUUAAAUCCACCUUACAAAGGGAUUCCUGUUCGCGAAAUAUGGCUUUGAAUUUUGCGGUUUUUUAAAAGUAAAUCCAGGGGGAAGGGUUGUGCACUUCGCCUUAUUUUGAAAGCGAGGGUUUUUGGAACUCGGAAUUGGCCUGAUUUCUCAUGGAGUACAGCCCUUGCCUGUUGUUAUCUUGCUUAGAGUUAAUUUAUGACAAUGUCCAUUCCUUAAUCCCUACAGGUUGUAAAGGCGAUUUGGGAAUCUUAAUGGACGAAUCUGGAAGCAUUCAAGAUAACGAUUUCGUCAAGGAGAAAAACUUUGUUGCCAAUCUGGCAAAUAGCCUGACAAACUUCGGUCCAAAUGGUAUGCAGAUGGCGGUCAUAUCAUAUAGCACGGAUGCGCGUCUGGACAUCAAGCUUAAUCAGUACUCUAACAAGAAAGAGUUUAUCCAUGCCGUGAAUAGCAUCAGGCAGUAUAGUAAGUAGUUUUUAAAUUCUCCCGGCUUGUGUUUUACCUUAUUAUAGAAAGAUGGAGGUGGACAAAUUAGAGCCAACGCCUUUGAUGACAAGCAGCUCAAGCUCAGUGGAGAGUUAAGUCAUUAAGUGAUGAUCCGGGUAAGGUGGAUAGCAAUUUCUUUUGUUAUGCGGCAACGGUGCCUUCCCCACAUAGAAAUGUUCUCAUUUUUACACAGAGAAUUCAUAAACCUACAAGAAGGUCGUUCACGCAAUAAAAUGCAUUUACACAGCACUUUGAAAGGGUGUUUUUUUUUCUUGUGACCAAUCACAAGAGUUGAAAACAAUAGCCAAGAAAAGUUUACAAUUUUACAUGUUCCCCACAUAGGAUUUCUUCUUUCUUUUCUCUGAGACUAGAUUUUGUUAUAUGGAAGAUGGUUGGAAAGUAAGGAUGAAUAUAUGUACCGCUUUAUGAAGUUUUGUUAACUUUUGCUGUUUAAGCCAAUCAGAAGUAAGUACAGACAAUAGAAAAGUUAGCACCCUUUUUGCAUUCCAACAUGUUCGUUACCGUUGUUGCUAUCGUUCUUAUCUGGACCGUUUCUUAAUAGACCUUUUUGUUUUCCUACUUCAGACCACGUGAUGGUACCCCAGAGAACUGUUUCUUCCAAAUGUCUCCUUAUGCACGUGCAUCCACGUGCAUAUGAAUGCAUAAUUAAUAAAAAAACAAAAGGCAAAUUCCGUGGAGAACAUCACGUGGUCUGAAUUGGGAAAACAAAAUUUACAAGCUAAAAAGGUCUAUUCAUCAUUAAUUCGAGUGGUAUCGUAUUGCAUAAUGGUCAAAGUGGCCGUGAAAAUAAAGGAUUUGUAUGGGAAUUCAGGUUUCCACUCCUAGAAUUGGAAGCUCGAGAGUAAAAGAAAUCGCUUAAAUCGCAACAGAUCACAAAAAUAAUCACACAGGAAGCAGGAAAACAUCAAGUAAAUAAGUAAAGCGUUUUUAUCUUCUUGGAACCAUUACCUGAACUCCGAUAAAACUCCUUUAUAUUCACGGCCAUUUUGAGGAUUAUGCCGAAUAUGACUAAUGCCAUGCACAAGUCGUAAUGAGUUUAAAAACUCUCAUUCUGAGCUUGGGCUAGCUGUGCUUUAAUAACCUUCAGUUGAAAGCCACAUCUCUCCAAACUCUCAUUAAAAUAAUACCAGUUUCAUCAGCGAAGAAAGAGUUUUUCAUCGGUGGUUCUGAAUCAGACUGACAAUGCUACACUUUCCACUACAGAGGGAUGGACCUUCACACACAAAGCUCUAAAUGUUGCGAAGAAUCAGCUUUUUCAGUUGGCAAAUGGUGCCCGUCCUGGCGUCUCAAAGGUUUGUGUAGCCUGAAAUUUCUAACUCAUUUUCACUUACACUGGUGCCCUUAAAUGCAAAUAAAACCUGUUUACUAAACGUUUAUUUGAAAAAAGCAGAACGAAACUCUUUUUUUUAGUGAGGAUUUAAAUCCUCAAUAACACCAUAACUUCUUGAUGCAAUCUAGACAUAAAGCAGUAGCUGUUUUACCGCUUUUUAUUUCUUAGGGUAUCCACUAAAAACGUAAACUGAUUUACAUGUGGAAAUUGACACCAUUAUUUUCUCAUGUUAUAGAUUCUAAUUGUCCUGACUGACGGUGCUACCACUGGAGGAAGCGAGAAACUCAAAGUUCCAAUCGAAAAUCUUGAAAAGAGCUACGUAAACAUAUUCACCAUAGGAAUUGGUUCCAGCAUCAACAGACAAGAGCUUGAGAUGAUGGCGUCAGCGCCGGUUAAGGAUCACGUUUUCUAUGUUGCCACUAUGCAGGAACUACAGACUCUUCUGCAACGGAUCGGUGAAUCUUCUUGCAAGAGUAAGUAAAAGAAGAUGAAGUGAAACAGUGACAUUCUGUUUGCCCCUGUCUUCAUUUACAAACUUCCGCUUAUAAGGCUUGGACUUAUACAACUUUGUAAGGGAAGUAGGAGGGCCUUAUAUAAACGGGGGGGAGGCUCCAAACGUCGCAAAAAAAAUCGAAUUCAUUUGAAAACUAGCUAGAGUUGGAGCGUAUAUUCCCGGAGGUUGAUACUAUCGGAUACAUUUUUUUGUAAUUAGUUAGAUGAGCCUAUAACAAGGGGGGAGGGGGGGGGGGGGUUGAUAAGUUGGGGGGGCUUAUAAGUUUACGGUAUGUGUCAUAUAAAAAGACAGUCAUGCAGAAUUAUCUCGUUUCCUGGUUUUCUUCAGAUCAGAAAUUUUUCCUUUUAGCCGGUUGCCACUGUGCAGCUUGAGAAAGAGAUUUCUGAGAAAAUAUUUCGAGGAACCUUAUCCAAAGGAUAACGACGAAUUUGUCACUUAAAGCAUAAACCAGUAGAUAGGUGGAAAUUUGACUCAAAAAUUAAUGACUUAAUGAUAGAAGAAAUGCUUUGUUAUUUAGUGUAGUUCAACCAAUUGAAAAGCAGAGAUUGCAGUUGAAAAUCCCUGCCUCGCAAUUAAAAACAUUACACAACCAGAUUACAAGACAAAAUGCUUCCAUUGUAGCUUUAUGACUAAAAGGUUUUAAAAGACGCUGCUUUUUUUUUCGAAUUUUCCUUUUCAACUCUUGGCGUUGUUGAAUUAUUUCAACUACAACCUUUUUUGUUUUCUUUGAUCAUUUGUUUUUUACAGAAUACCAGUGUUUUUAUGUGACAUGUGAAUACACCGGUUGGUCGGAGUGGUCCAGCUCUUGCGGCAAUGGAAUGAAAAGGGUGCGAAGGUUAAGUAAGCAGACCGAGCGUAUCAAAGAACAACAAGGAGGCUGUUCAGGCCUAACUACAACAUGUGAAAAGGAGCAGUUGGAAACUAAAAACACCCAAUGUGAGUAAUUCUCGUUUUGCUUCCCCAGCACGCCAAGUAUCGGAAAAAAAAACUCAAACGCAUAUCAUAGCUAUACUGUGCUUGCCUUAUCGAAUAUAACAGCGUAUCAGCGGGGUUUAUAUUGUUUAUAUUUUAUAUUUCCCCUUUGCACACUGAUGACGCUGUUAAACAAAAAGUGAAUUGAAGUUGAGUUACGAUGUAGUCUUAGGUUUUCAAGCCCCCUUCCAUCUGGAUUUCCAGAGCCGUUAACACCCCCAACCCCUCCCGUGAGAUUUUCCAGCAAGCCUUCCGUCGUGGGGGUGUGGAUUUUUUCUGGAACAACCCAAUUAGAUGUUUAACCCGCUGAUCACGAAUACGAUCAACACUGAGAAAGAAAACUGUAAUUUGAAAUCGAUCAGAGACGUUGAAGAAAUUCAAAGUAUAAAGGCGGCGUGAUCAAAGAGUAGUAUGCACCGAAGAAGGGGGGAAGCUAAAGCAACAACGACGACGAUGGUUACGAAAACGUCACUUAAAAAGUGAAUUCACACUGCCUCAAAAUUUAUCGCGCUUAUUCCAUCUCGUAUAAUUCGUCAAAUGAUGGUAAACUUUUUCUAGAGUUUAAUUGUAAAGAUUUGUAUCAAAGUUCAGGAAACGAAAAAGAAAGUUGUUGUCUUGUGUUCCCGUCCUCAACAAAACGUCAAGUUAGGCACUUUCACGUUGUAGUUGUGCAACGACGGCUAAGAAAUGUACAAAAAAGCGUGUAAAGUUGUUGUUUUGCUAAUCUAAACCUAUUGCUUUUUUGCCGCUCUCGUUGCCGUCGCCGUCGUCGUUGCUUAAGCUCCCCAAUGUCUACUGUUGAAGCUUUUUUUCAUUUAAUACAAAUCUAAUAGCGUUUGCUUCAAAAUACCUUGUAUAGGGAAGAUCAUAAAACCUCUCAACAAACUGGUUCAGACUGAUCAAGGUAAAAGUCACGUGACAUGUUCAAUCCAUCGUCAACGAGGCUCGAGCGGAGCGGAGGGCUCAUAACUUUAGUUCUCUCCUCUAAUUUAGUGACGUCUAUUUCAGAGUGAUGAUUCAAUUUUUUUGAUAACAAAAUGUUUUACUUGUUUCAUUUUUUUUCUUUAGCAUAACUGUAGGAAAGUUUUAAUGACGCUCGGAGAGAGGAAAUUCUCAAAUUUUUGGGCAGACAGCUUAUCUUUACAAAAAUGAGUCUCACGUCACCCUUAACAGUUCUCUGGCUUUUUCUUUUUAACCAAACGAAAAUCAGGUCCAUGUAAGUACGUGACAUGCGCGUGGAAUCCAUGGACACGCUGGUCUGCUACAUGUGGCCGUAUGACUCGACAGAGGAGCAGCAAAGUUACCCAACACGUGGUGAACAGACCAAAUUGUAAUGGUCUUCAAACCUCAUGUCCAGCGCCGCAGACGGAAUCAACCUUUGUGUCAUGUAUGUUGCACUAUUUGCUUACACACGUUGAUUUUCUUAGAGAGUGUUUUACAUGAAGUCAGGUCAGCCAUAUUGGUGCCCCACAUCAAUUAAACGGCGGCCAAGUUGGCGUCCCAAACCCAUCCUGUGUGGAUUGAACUUUUUUCUCAUGUGAAACUUUUCUCUUGUCCCAAGAAAUUUGUCUAGCUGCUGCUCACGUGGAUGAAAACGUUCCGUAGCCGCUUAUUAUGAAUAAUGAGUAUUGCGAAUAGAAGAGAUUACCACUACCAUCCUGCCAUUUUGUUAAGCUGCACACGCUACACACUGCUGAGAGGGCUCAAAAUACAAUGCAGCAGCUUGCAUAGUGUUUAAACCGAGGUUUCUGGAGUACCACUCUGUAGAUGCCAUGUAAGGGAUUACCCCCCAAAAAAAAAACAUGAUAAUAAUAAAAAAAUAAAUAGAUAAAAUUCUUGAAUAGAAUCAACAGCGGAGAACUGCCAAUUUUCGGUCGUGAUUUGCUUUGAUUCAUUCAUAAUUAAUUGUUAAUUUAAAAUCCUUUAUCUCCCUUAACUAGUCUAGUGUUCAUACAGUUGUCGAGUGAUCAGAAGCCUGUUUAGAGAAGAUUCUCAGAAGGUUAAUCCUACACUUAGAUUCAAAGACCACCCACGCAACUACGAAAUAACCAAUAGAGAAAUUAAGAUUGACGUUUACUCCAAACGGCAAACGUGAAUUUGUACCACGUGACUAAGUUUUUAACCGUGGCAGGAUUAGCUCAGUCGGUAGAGCGUUUGACUGCAGAGCGGGAGGUCGGGGGUUCGAUUCCCGUGGCCCGACCAUUACUCAGGGUCUUAAAAUAACUGAGAAAUGAAGCUACUUCCUUUGCACUAGCGGCGAGACUUUAGCGUGGCUCGGAUGACCACGUAAAAUGGCGGUCCGUAAAAAAAACGUAUGACGUAAGAAAAAAAAAAUUGUGUCCCCAAUUAGCACUUUUGUGCUAAAUACAUUGACACUCAAAUAAAAAGUGCAUUUUUUUAAUUGUGGUUAACUGCUUAUUGUUUAUUUCAAAGUAGUUUCACGCCAGUUUUAGACAUAAGAAUUGUUCUGGACAGUUUUUAUCUGCUUAUUUCCUAUUCUGAGAAAGUCUCAACUUGAAUCUGAUAUUUGCCGUUUGGCGUAAACAGGAAUCUUAAUCUCUCUAAUGACAUUUUUUCAACGACAGGUUGUAAAGUAGAACUCGGAGUUCUCAUGGAUGAAUCUGGAAGUAUUAGCGAUGAUGAUUUCCGACGGGAAAAGAACUUUGUAGCCGAGCUGGCAAAGGGCUUUAGCAACUUUGGACCUAACGGAGUUCAGAUGGGGGUAGUCAGCUACAGUACCUACGCUAAUGUAGACAUCAAAUUGAAAGCAUAUUCCAACAAGGCUGAUUUCAUGAAAGCUGUGGAUAGAAUAAAGCAUAGAGGUCAGACUGAGUUGCUGCACCGUAAUAACAUUGUAUCUAAAUAUAGAUAUUACCUUAAAUGGUGCUAAACUUAAAGGUGAUGUUACACAGGACGAUUCGCAACGACGAUUUUAGCGCAACUCAGCGUUGCAAUGUUGGAACAAUGUUGGAGCCAUUUGAAACAACGUCGCAACAAUGUUGCAGCUCUGUGUUUCGCUAAAAAUCGUCGUUGCGAAUCGUCUCGUUUAACAUCACCUUUAAAGGUGAUGUUACACGAGACGAUUUGCAACGACGAUUUUUAGCGCAACACAGCGUUGCGAUGUUGGAACAAUGUUGCAACCAUUCGAAACAAUGUCGCAACAAUGCUGUAAUGCGGAGUUGCGCUAAAAAUCGUUGUUGCGAGUCGUCCCGUGUAACAUCACGUUAAGGGGCUGUGUCACGGAUGUCUAGUUCAUUUUACAGACUUUAAGAAUCAACGAACCGACGGCAACGAGAACGUGUCAAAAAAUAGUUUUAAUAAGCAAAACAACAACUUUGCACGUGCAUCACGCUUUCUUGUACAUUUCUUUGCCUUUUUUGCAAUACUAAGACGUAAAAAUUCCUAAUUUUAGGCAACGACGAAAUUUUAUUUCGCUUUCUGAAUUUGAAUCUGGUCCCUUGUAAUUCAAAUUCAGGAGGGUUCGUGUAUAUUUGACAAAGGAAUAAUCGCGAUGAAGGCUGAAAGAAAGCAAAUUUACUUUUUAAGCGAUGUCCUCGUUCCUGUCCUGUCGUUGGAUCUUAAAGUCGCUUUUGCCUGUCAGUUACGCCUCCUUAUUUGCUAUGUAACUGGAGAAAUUACCAGUAAAUGACAAAGUCACUGCUUUGUUUCCAACAAAUAUGUUUCCCAAGCACUAUAUCGUCAAACCGGUUACAAACAACAAAAAUGAACUUUUAAAAACUGAUAGGCUGACAAGUUUAAAAAACCUCAAUUACAAUCCGUUUCGAUCUUCUUUAAAUUUGUCCAUCUGUUCCUUCCUUUGUGUUUGCUGUGUUUAUCAAACCUUCUUUAAACUUUUCAAGGUUUUUUUUUUAUUAUGGCAGUACAAAAGUCUGGAUGCCCAGAGUAAAAACUAAAAGCUUUGGCUGGGCGGAAAACCGUAAUCAGCAGCAGUAUCGACUAAAAUUUGUAGUAACAAUUACACAACAAUAUGCGCAAAAAAGAAAAAAAAAUUGGGUAAAAAUGAUAUGAUAAAAGUGUCAUAAAAAAUAAAACAAUAAAAAAAUCCUACAAGCUUUAUGGACGUCUUAAUAGGCCAUUUUACAGUUAUGGAUGGAAGCGAGGGUGAGGGUGACCUUGUUUUGAUACAAACCUUCUUUGCUUUGUUAUGGAAAUUGUUCUUGAAAAAUACUAUUUAGCAUAAGAAUAACUUGAUUUAAGGUCACCCUCAGCCUCGCUUCCAUCCAUAACUGUAAAAUGGCCUAUUAUAAAAUACAGAUGUUCAUAAGUUAAAAAUCAUCGUUCAUGUAGCUGUCCAUUAAAAAAUGAGAAAGUCUAAGGUAUGUCAAUAAAAUUUCAAUAAUGUGCAAGAUUAAGUAUCUGUUAAAAUAGGUGUCCAAAAUUCCUAUAGAUAUCUAACCGCUCAGCUUGAACAUUCUUGCAAUGUGUAAUGAACUACUGAGACAGCGCAUAAUUGAUUCACACUUGUCUCCUACAAGCUCUUUUAUGUUUGCUCAAAUGAGGACAAUGCGCGCCUGGUGCAAGUACACUAAAGCACCCAUAUGGAGAGUAUCAAUACUUUUUCUUUGGGGAAUGUUAUGCUUUUCAGUGGCAGGGCUACUGCCAUUUAGUUUUUCACCUGAGAAAAAGUGGUGUCUCUUGUGCUUGUGUGUAUGUUGCGGUUAUUUCUUCUUAAUUUCAGUUAAUUUUUGUUUUUCCUUUGAGUAUUUCACCCGUGCCCAUUUAUCAUCCUGGAUGGAAAGAGAAAAGUGGUGUCUCUUGUGAUAAACGUUAGAUAGCCUUUUUUUUCAUGUAAGAAAAUGUAUGCCUAAACAUUUCGUGUGCAUGUUGCAGGAAAUUUUUGUUUUUCCUUUGUUUCAAGUUUAUUAGCAUACAUUACCAUACCCAAAUACAAAAGAAAAACAAAAAUUAACUGAAAGAAAAAAAUUAACUGCAACAUCUACAUUAUGUGUGCUUGUUUUCCUGUCAAUCUAACAGGUGGAUGGACGUACACUGAUCGGGCACUGACAUUGGCAAAGACAGAACUUUUUCAACCCUCAAACGGUGCUAGGAAAGGUGUUACAAAGGUAAGCUCAUGCAAUGUAGGAGACACAGCGAACCUCAAUUAAUUGGCCUUCUAAAAACGCAAGUAAAAUUAUACCCUAAUUUCACGAGCUUACCAUUUGAUUAGCCACUAUUAUCACGCGUGAAAAAUUAGCUCAAAAUCGUUUUUUUUUUUUUAUCGUAUUGAGAACUGCACGCGCUGAAAUGUUUAGAGCAUUAAAGUUUGGGUUAAGGUGAAAAGCUUAUGAAUUGUUCGACAAAAAUUCUGUUACAAAUACAAUCCUUAUGUGCUCUUUAGUAUAUUUAGUUUUUCUGAAGCGUCUUUUAAAGCCCUAAAUUCUUCAUUUAUAUAACAUUUCAAAACCUCGACGCACUCUUGGAAACGUUGACAAGGCAAUUUUGUAAUUUCACAUGUGAAAUUAUGAAUUAAUGCUGAAAUUUUGCGCCAAAAGUAAGGAGUACUUUUUCAUGAUAAUUAAAAGUGCUUUUAUUCGCACAAUCCAGCGUCAUUUUCAAAUGUCACUGGUUGUAACAGUUAUUAUAAUUUGCAGAUACUGCUAGUCGUAACAGAUGGAGCCAGCAAUGGUGGGAUUAAGUCUCUCCGCUCUCCAGUUGAGGAGCUGCGAUCCAGUAAAGUAAAUAUAUUUUCCGUAGGGGUUGGACAAAGCCUCAACCGUAAUGAACUGGAGUUCAUGGCCUCCGACCCAAAAGCCUCCCAUUUAUUCUUUGUUCGUAAUAUGGCAGAGUUACCUAAUCUGCUGAACACCUUGGCAGAGUCGUCAUGUCAAAGUAAGAACUGAACGCCUCUAUCAGUAAUGCUUUAGCCGCUUCGUUAUUCUCACUGAAAUACUAAUGUGGAAAGGUUAUUAUUAGUCUUAGGAUCGCCCCUGUUAUUGGCCGUUUUUAGCUAGAGACCUAAAAGUCGUUUAGACGCACUUAAAGUCUAAGACGUUUAAGUCGUGCGUAAAAUUUACUCUUGAAAAUAGAGGAGAGGCAAGGUAUGAAAGAUCGCGCGUAAAAGCAAUAGUGUCAUCUCUUAAGGGCAACACUUCAUUCCUUUUUUCUAUUUUAUUUACUGGAGUAAAAAUACGCUAAAACAGAAAUCCACCCUAAAACAUAGAUGCCUUGAACCUGCAAACAGAUUUUAAACUCUUUUUUUUUUCUUUCGUCGAAAGAAAGGCCGGGACAUUAUAUCGUUAACAGUUACUUGUUUAUGCAACUGAAGCAGGUUAUAAUUUAAGGCAAUUUAAAAUGGAAAUCGUUGCCUAAUGAGUGACCGUUUCCCCCGUACCCUUAACUAUGGUAGUUUAGGAUAACACAAACUUUAUACAAGUUGGUUUUAGAAACUAAAUGGAAUUUUGUCCGAGUUUUAAGCACUUUCAUUUUUCAAAAAGUAAUAAAAACUUGAUGAAAGUUUUCUGUUUGGUAUAGUUUUCAAGUGCAAGUCCGUGACUUGCGACUACAGUUUGUGGUCCUCGUGGUCGAUCUCUUGUGGCCGUGGCAUGAAAAGAAAGAAAACACUUACAAAACAGAAUGACCACAUCACAGAGCAGCAAGGAGGGUGUUCAGGAUUACAAACUAUUUGCGACAAGGAAAAAGUUGAAACUAAGGACAUGGACUGUGAGUAGCACUUUUAAAUAGAUCUCUCUCGCGCGAAAGGUAUCCGCUGACCAGUGUCACCUGACUGUAUCACAGGCUCAUUUGCACCACCCAUUGAGGUGAUGUCUUUUUAAACGUUCGACGCUGAUCAGUUAUUGGUUUUCAAUUGAUCACUGUCUCAGAUUCAGUCCGCUUCUCGCUGAUGACAAAAGUUGAAUUACUGUAUAAAGAUAUUUCAUAUCUAAACUUCGCAAGUACUAUUCUCCACAUGAUUUUUUUUCUGGUAUAUUUGCAGCACUAAUAAGCAGCUACCUGUCGUCCCCUCCUUAUUAGAUAGCCGGCUGGUAGGUGUAGAUAACUACCUGUGCAAUCCAGUUGGUAGUCAUUGGGCGCCUAUUGCAAAGCCAAACAUGCACAUUUUUAGGCUGACAUAGUAGCCAACAUUUUGCGAAAUGACGUCUGAGAAACGGAGCACAGAUAUUCCAUACUGAUUACGUGUCACUAACCAGAUCUGGGUAAUGCCUCUGAUUGGUUGAAGCAAAUUUCCCACGCCUUACGACCAAUCAGAAGCACUACUUAGUACUACAUCAGUAUGAAAUUUCUUCGCUCGUUUCUCAGACGUCAUUUCACUGGAAAAACAGUGGUGGAAAUGUCGGCUUUUUUCUCAGUCUAUGACAUUUUCAUAAUAAGAGAGUGAACACCAAUGUGGAGCAUCCAUUUAGCCAAGCAAAAAUAAAUAGGUCAAUGAAGUAAUAAACAAAAAAAACUCCUUGCGAAGAACUCCUGGUAAAAAACAAGCAUUCUGUCCUAAUUUUUGUUAAGAUGGUUCAAGCUAAAACAUUAUUUCAGGUGCGUUACUGAAUGAAUGGUGACUUUGUUGAUAAAUGCCUUCUUAGGUCAAUGUAAGUACGUCACGUGCUUAUGGAAUGACUGGAGCAAGUGGUCCGCCUCGUGUGGUGCCAGCACCAGACAAAGAACCAGCAAAGUUACAAAUCAUGUGAUAAAUAAACCGUCCUGCAGUGGACUGCAAACUACAUGUCCGCAACCUCGAGUUGAAAGAAGAACAACCAACUGUAAGUACAACAAAAUAAUUGAAUGGGAAAAUCUUCUAGAUUUUUUACAUGACAGAACUUGUCGUGUAUUACGCCCAUUUAGGUCUUAACUGGUUUUGAUCCCUCCAAGACUCGAAUUUGCAGUCUUUUGAACCUAUAAAAUUGAAAUAAGUUGAUAAUUACUGUACCUGCCAUACACUGUAAAGAAAACAUAUUCUACCUUUCUAUAUGCAAGGCCCUUGCAAGACAGUUAAAUGCACUUGGAAGGCUUGGACGGAUUGGUCUGCCACAUGCGGUCUGGCACAGAGAACAAGGUCAAUUCAAUCUACACAAAUUACAGUUCAGCAGCCAGACUGUUCUGGCCUUCUUCAGAAAUGCACUCAACUACCACAGAAGGAAACCAAGAAGACAAUGUGCACUUGUCAGACAGUGAAGUGUACCUGGAAUCAGUGGAGCGAUUGGUCAGCUACCUGUGGAAAAGCCUCCCGGACACGAACAAUAAAGUGAGUGUAUUAUCACAGGCAGCAAUAUUUAAUAAUUAUUCCUCUAGCCCGAAUGAGCUCUGAACCAAUAGCCCAUGAGGUUGAAGACCAAAUGGGCUAUUGACUCAGAGGCCAUGAGGGCGAGAGGAAUCAUUGUUUUAGUAAAAUCCAACUAGUUGGUAAAAAAUAUCAAGACAAAUUACUGUUACUUUAGCAAGCAAAACGCCAUUCAGCCGCCAUUGUUUUGGUUUUUAAAGCCGGCGCUUUUCGCUACUAGUGUGCUAUAACAUAUAGCCUAAAAGUAGCUCAGGCAAUCAGAACGCAGCAUUGAUAAUAGACCACUAGUUGGAAUUUGCUAAUCACGUAUAACUGAAGCGAAUGAAACGCCUUUGCACUUUUUAAAUUUACUCCCUUUGCGGUUGUGAGUGCUGGCUGCGGUUAUUUUCCCAAAUUAAUUGUUUCGUGGAUUACACAGAAAAGGAAAAGUCAUCAGCCUUCUACUCUAAGCCCUCGCAGAUUCAAUUUUAAGUGAGAUUUCAAAAAUUUCAGUACAAUUAGCAACAUAGUAGCGAUGUAUCAAACUUCAAACAGGGAAAAUGGAAACUUUCUUCUUUUGACCGCGCUCUUUUUAACGUGACGUCUGUACUAUUCAGUGCCCUCAGAAAAAUGCUUCAGCGUUUUGCUGUGUCCAUGUAUUUUUUCCUAGAUCAACAAAACUUACUGUUCAAAAAGAAAACUGUGAUGGAUUGCCCCAAACGUGUCCUCAACCUCCUGAAACUCAACACAGAACAACCGACUGCGCAUGCCGAACUGUUAGCUGCACGUGGAAAGAAUGGUCGUCAUGGUCCACUUCCUGCGGAGUGGGAACACGCACGCGUGAUAUUAAAGGUACUGUAGGCGAAAAAUAACUACAACAGCAGCAACAAUAAUUAGAAGAAUAAUUACCAGAAUUUCUUUAAAGGAGCUUACAUACAGAAGCUAAAACGAGUUAUUGAAUACUUCAAAUAACACAUUAUCGAACGAUCUAUAAUUUGCACAACAUGAGCAAAGCAAUCUGGCUCGUACACUACUUUAAGAUUUUAACACUCCUACUAAAAAUUAAUGUUAUUCUAUUUGAAAUUCGUCUAUUAAUAUUCACUUACUACUCUUCUUUAAAGUUCUAAAAAAUAAGCUGUUGCAGCAAAUUUCUUGCCAUCAAGUUUCCUGCUAGUAGAGAGCUCUAUACAAAUCUUACGUCUAGCAUUCCCUCGUAUGCAUUUGCACGAAUAUCUGAUAUUUUUGGCCUUUUUUUUCUUUUUAAAAAAGAAACCGUGAUCACAGUGAAUAAACCCAGCUGUGUUGGCUUGCCUCAGAAAUGCACUGAGCAGCCGCAGUCUGAGUCACGUGAAGUAAAAUGCACAUGCCCUACAGUGGAAUGCCGCUGGAAUGAAUGGACCAAAUGGUCAGCUACGUGUGGUUUGGCAACUCGUCAAAGGACAAUCAAAACUAUUAAGGUUAGAUUGAGUUAAAGUAUAUAUUGUCUAAAUUGGCUUACAUCUCGGUAAGGCUAUAGAUAGCCUCAUUACUGAGGAGAAUAUCGUAAUCAAUGAGUUUAUGACCCAUCAUAAUUGCAAAAUUAACCUAGUUUUUAGCCACAACAGUAUUUGUUCAUACUUACAUUUUGUUUAGAGUAACACAGACCUCUUUUGUGUGAAACAUUUAUAUGUAAUGCUAAUUAUGUGCCAAGUUGGACGAGAAAUGGAAAACCCUGGAUCCAGGCAUGCGCUUAGUUUGAUGGAGAGACAGUUCUAAAAAGGAUAGUUAAAACAAUAAAACAAUAAAACAAUAAAAAAUUAAAAAAUAAUGAUAAUAACGUAUGAUAGAUGUACAGUCAUGCAAAGCAAUCGUCCUCUAGUUUUUGAGACGCUUUGAGUGAUUUUCUACCUGUUUCCAUACGUAAUAUUAACGAAGUAUACCCAAAAGCCGGGCAUUUCUUGAAAGUUAUCAAGAGAAAUUUUAUCGUUUCCAAUGUAGACCACAGUUCAAAAGUUGAAGUGCGAAGGCCUGCCUCAGUCAUGUCCUCAGCCUCCAGAGACCCAAAAACAAACAACAAACUGUAAAUGUAAAACUGUGAACUGUGAAUGGGCGAACUGGUCGUCAUGGUCAACGACAUGUGGAGUGGGAACUCGAACAAGACACAUCGAAGGUAGCUAGCAGCCUUUUUGCAGUAAAAUUGGAUUAUCGUUAGUGUAUUAUAUGGUAGCUUUAUCCUUGUCAGAGGGGAUGUAACCUUUCUUAACCUGCAUUGCCCAGAAUGUUUAAGGCGAUUUGCUACGAGAUACGGCUAAAAACUAUGGACCGUGCCUGUAUAAAGCAUAGAUCCAAGUGGUUUUGCAACAAAGCUAAGCCGUCUUGCAAUAUGGAUUGCCGCGGAAUUAAUUGAAAUGCUUUGAUUAUUUUAUGAUGGAAAAAAGAUGCUAAACAAUUGCAGGAAGCUCAAAUGGAAGCAAUUGGGAUAACAAUACUAGAUGAAUAAAAUUUAUUUUUACUAAGAAAAUUGAAAGAGGUGACUAAAAUUCUACUAAGUGAUGAUGAUGAUGAUGAUGAUGAUGAUGAUGAUGAUGAUGAUGAGGAUGAUGAUGAUGAUAGCAAUAAUAAUAAUAAUAAUAAUAAUAAUAAUAAUAUUAAUAAUAGUUAAUAAAAAUUGCUGUUCGCAGAAACCGCGGUGGAAGUGUUUAAGCCAGACUGCAGCACUCUUCCGCAGAGCUGCCCUCAGCCACCGGAGUCUGACGCUCGUGAAAUAAAAUGCAGUUGCCCAACUGUCAACUGCAAGUGGAAGAAGUGGAGCGCUUGGUCAGCAACUUGCGGAGUAGCGACUAGGACGAGGAGUAUUGAGACCAUCAAGGUUAGUUCUUUUUUCGUUAGAACCGUGAUUUACAUCGAUACUGAAAUAACCUAAAACACGUAGACACCAAGCUGAUAGUCCUUCCACCGCUCCCUUUUUCUUCUCCAAUACGUGAAAUUUACGUGAAUCAGUUAUAAGGGCCAGUCUUUGGACUGUCAUAAUCUUGAAGACUACCUUUCAAAAAGUUAAGUUUUAUAUGAGCACAAUUAUAAACCUCAGUCUGCGGUUUUUAUCUACAGACCACAGUUCAGCAAGUGAAGUGCGAGGGACUAGCUCAGUCAUGUCCUCAGCCUCCACAGAGAGAACAACAGACAACAAACUGUAAAUGUAAAACUGUGAACUGUGAAUGGGCGGGUUGGUCAUCAUGGUCAGCGACUUGUGGAGUGGGAACUCGAACAAGACACAUUGAAGGUGACUCAAGGCUCCAACAUAAUAGGGAAAGCGCAUCGAGAAAAGUUGCGCGAAUAUCGCGGAGGAGCUGAGCUCUCCUCCCGCCGGUUUUUACUCCCUCGCUUUUUCUCUUCUUGUUCGCUUUUUUGCUUGUCUACACUGACCUAGAGCCUGUUGAAGGUUACUUUGAAACGAAACAAAUAGUGUGAUUUUGUCGUGGAUAAUGUGGCAAAAAAACCUAACGGCAUCCACUUAGAAGCCAACGUUCGUUGAUAUGUAGAACGGGUUUUCUUAUUUCUGGUUGUUUGUUUGUUUGUUUGCUUGUUCUUUUUCUUAACGUUGCACAUAAUCAGGUUAUCAAUAUAACAGACUAUUUAUUAUGAAGUAUGACACAUCAGCUGACAGUAGCGUUGCAUGGCACCUGUCAUUUCGUGUAAAUGCAGUCAUAUGAUACGACUCGGUAUUUGAAUGUGGUCUAUUUAGCAAUCUGCCAUAGAGGUUUUUUUUACUUGACCCCUGAAACAGAUAAUGACAACUAGUGCAAAAAAACAAAACAAAACAAAACAACAACAACAACAACAACUGGUUAACAAACGAAGACAAUAGAAUUAGUGCAUAAUUGUGCGUAGUAUUCUACUACCUAUUUCACAGGCAACGUAAAAUCACUCUAAAAUAUCUUUGUAUUUACCUUCUUGUACUUUUCCCCGCUAAAAACGUUGAUCAACGGUUAGUUUCCUAGAAAAGAGCAUAAUAAUUUGACCCGUCAUUUUCGUUAAUCAAAAGCGUUCUUCCCCAACCAGAAACUGCCGUUGAAGUGUUCAAACCAGACUGCAGCGGACUUCCACAGAGCUGUCCUCAGCCACCAGAGUCCGAUGCUCGUGAAAUAAAAUGUAGCUGCCCAACUGUGAACUGUAGGUGGAAAGAAUGGAGUGCUUGGUCAGCGACUUGUGGUGCGGCGACCAGAACAAGAAGCAUUGAGACGAUUAAGGUCAGUUAUAUCUUUAAAUUAUAUAAGUAUACAGGCACGCUUUUCUCGGUACGUCGGACGGGUUAAAUAGUUAUUGCCAUUGGAGUUUGUAAAGGAUGUUUCUGUCUAUCGUUCAACAAGUAGUAGUGGUAGUGGUGGUGGUAGUGGUGGUGGCGGCGGCGGUGGCGGUGGCAGAGGCAGCGGCGGUGGCGGCGGCGGCAGUAGCAAUAGCAGUAGGGAUUUUAUUACGAUUAUGAUUAUGAUUAUGAUUAUCAUUAAUACUAUCAUUAUUUCUAUCAUUAUUAUACAUUGUACUCAUUUUCUGUCUUCUCAUAGGUUAAGAGCCUACAGCUAAUUUUGGAAAACAGCGCAACCUACAGAUAAGUUAGUUAUCUGCUAACAGAUAACUAACUAAUCUGUAGGUUGCACGCGCAAUGCAUGAUAAUAAUAAUUAUAUAUAAAUUCCGUUUCCUUUCGACGGUGUGUUUGUCGCUGUUUUCUUCAAAACAAUGUAUAAUAAUUAAAGCAAUUAUUAGAUUCGGUUUUUGUGGUAUCCUAUAAUCAAGGUCUCAGUAGCCCCGGCCUUCGGCCCGGCCGAUAACACUUACCUCCACUUUGAUUAUUCCGGAUAUCACAAAAACCUGAUCGAACAAUCGUUUAUUAUUACCUUAUCUGGGCUAUUUCACAGGCUUGGACACAAUUAAAACAGUUUUUCAUCUCAGAGUCGUUGAGAGUUUAACAGUUCUCUCAUUCAGUUUAACGUCGUUUUAAAGUUAUAUUUGGAUAUACAUCUACAGACUACAGUUCAGCAAGUGAAGUGCGAGGGACUGCCUCAGUCAUGUCCUCAGCCUCCACAGAGAGAACAACAGACAACAAACUGUAAAUGUAAAACUGUGAAUUGUGAAUGGGCGAACUGGUCUUCCUGGUCUACGACAUGUGGAGUGGGAAUUCGAACAAGACACAUCGAAGGUGAAAUACGAGAGGAAAACAAUUUUUUCAUAUCUUAAAGAGCUUUUUUAUUGAGAGUUUCCGUCGUGUGUUGAGCACUUUCACUCAACACGUUACCAUGGCCUUAUGUACCGAAACGUCCAAGCGGUGGCCAAGUGUACCAAACCAAUAGACCUAUUCAGCUAACGCAAUGUUGUACCCAAUUCAGAUCUCUCGAGGUUAAGAUUCUUUGUGCACUGUAUUUGCAUUAUAAGGUGGCAUUCACAUUUAAAUGAUAUGGAAAUUCCUGAAACAAAACGUUUUAUUCCCUACGGGUUUGAAUUGGGUACAACAUUGAGUUAGCCGAAUUGGUCUAUCCUUUGGGAGUUAAUUAAACCUUUUCCUUAUGUUAAUUAUAUUGUGCUAAUGUAUGUUAGUAAAUUAGCAUAGCUGCUGGCUGGGGAGGGAAUAUGCGCAAAGGCAAAUCCUUGCUUAUAUUUUUUUGCCUCAUUAGCAUAGACUUACCAUUAUUUGAUGACGCUAAUAAGAUAACACCUCUAAAUAUUGAAAAAGCGUUACAAUUUCAGUUAUUUCCUAACAUUUGAGACAGACAUACCAAAACGGUUUCGGAAAAAUUCUCUUUGAAAAAUCCCAUGUGUGAGCUCAUUAACGCUUUUGCCACCUAGUAAUUUCGCAGUUUUUGAUUGCCUAUGUUUCCUUUGUUAUUGAUUGCAAAGAGCUGAAAAUUGCACAAACUGCUCAAAGUAACCAGCUCUUUCGAUUUUUUUAAUUCAAUUUGUACAUACCCAAUGGGUUACCUUCUAUGCUAACGAACAAAAAUGACGUCAUGAUGAAUCUACCAAUAGCGAUACUCACGCUUACGUCACCUUUUGAUAUUUAUGUGCAAUCAGAAUCGAAUUGGUUCUUGUAAAGAUUCUUUUGUUUUACUCGUCAAAAACUGUAAUAACAAAAACAAUGUUUGUAAACAGUGAUGUUUCCUCUAAGGAGUAACUCAUUUGGUCAUAUUUGCAUUUACCUUGCUAUAAUUUUAACUUAAACUAGAAACUUCUGUGGAAGUAUUCAAACCAGACUGCAGCGGACUUCCUCAAACAUGCCCUCAGCCACCGGAGUCUGAGGCGCGUGAAAUUAAAUGCAGCUGCCCGACGGUAAAUUGUAAACGUAGCAAAUGGAGCGAUUGGUCAGCCACUUGUGGACCAGCGACAAGACAGAGAACAAUAACUACUGAAAAGGUACACUGGUAACGCUCUCCUUUCUCCCCUUUCCUUUCAUCCAUCCCUCCAUCCAUACAUUUAUUCCUCCAUUCUUUGUUUCUUCGUUUUUCUUUUUAAUUAGCCCUGUCAUUGAUAAUGGUCAUCAAUCAAUUUUACUUGCCAGGUCGCCUUAUUUAGCAAAAUAAAUACGUGACAAAAAAGACAGCAAUCAACCUUGUUAUUAUUUUUUUUAGGUCACUGUUCAGCAGAAUAGUUGCAAAGGCUUACCUCAAUCCUGCCCAGCGGGGCCUGAGACUGAGACUCGAACCUCCGUGUGCACUUGUCAGUCUGUAUCCUGCACGUGGGGAAACUGGAGCGAUUGGUCGGGUAAAUGUGGAUUGGUAAAUAGAACACGUCACAUUGUGGAGGCUCAGACAACCGUUCAAGCUGAAAACUGUGAUGGAGUGAAAAAGAAGUGUACUCAACAGCCGGAAACUGAGAAUAACAAACUUCCAGAUUGUAAGCGAGAAUAAACUUCCUUAGCUUUUCACCGCGUUUCCCUCACCGCGCCUAUCAAAAUAGCGGCGCUGAAGAAAAAUUCUGCGAAAAAAAAAAAUAUAUUAAAAAGAAGUCCAUUGAUGAAAAAAAAGUCAACUAAAAUUUUGGUAGGCACUUAAAAAUGUGUGUAACGUAAGCGUUGUUUCUGAGUUUCACUUCCAGCAGAAGUCUUGUCUCUCAUCAUUAAGUUUGAUUUUGUUUGAAAAAUGUUAUGUUCUGGCAUAUAUUUUGACAUAAUUUGAGCAUAGUAACGAAAUAUUAAAAGACGCCACGCGGCAUGGAAAAACGUUUAUUACACCAAUUUGUUAAUAUUAACAAAUAAUUAAUAAGAAUAACGAAUUUGCAGCUGUAUAUAGAUAUCACAAGGCUACAACUGUUGAAAACACCUUUGGUACCCUUGAGGAAAAUAGGUGCGGAGACACACUUUGCAAAAUGAAUUCGUAUUCUACUUCUUCUUAAAGCUUGCGAAUGUUUUUGUAAGAGCCUAUCUCUGAUGUCUCCCUCUCUGCUAAGCAAUUUUGAUUGUGCUGAAAAGAAAAAAGAAACUUGAAUCCAUACAGUCAACACUGCACCGGCGCGAUGUGGGUAGGGGUGCGUCAUUUUGACGAGCUAUCGCGUUCGUGUCACAUGAUUUUUGGCAAGAGUUGUAGCCACGAUGUAGUACAGCUGAAGUCAAAAGAGUGGGAAAUUUUUUUAUUCUUCCAUGCUUUUAGAACGAUAAUUACUCACCAUUAAUGAUCCCCAAGCCAUACUGAAAAUUUAUAUUCACUUUCCUUUUGUUACCAGGUGAAGAGUGUUACACAGUAGAAUGCAGUUACAAUCCCUGGAGCGCCUGGUCAGCGACAUGCGGUAACGCAUAUCGGCGCCGCACACAGUUGAUAAAAGAGAUUGAGGUCUGGCUGCCAAGCUGUGAAGGACUUCCCCUGGAAUGUCCUGGAGAUGAAAUCCAGGAAGAGACAAGAAAUACGCCAUUAUGUAAGUACACCUAA